AUGCAACAUCGUCAUCGUUCACCUGUGAUUCCUCGAAUCCUCCUGAGUAUAGCUCUCGCUUUCUUCCUCGUUUUUCUUUUCUGUUUGUUUCUGAAUCCAAUUGGGAGCCAGCGUGUGAAGCUUGUGCAUCUGCCAGACCAGCCGUCGCCCGCAUCGCAGUCAGACGGUGAUCGUCGAUGCAAUGUAUUCCCCAAUGCGGCCAACACGCUCAUUGUUGUCAAGACGGGCGCCAAUGUGAUCUAUGAUAAGUUGCCCAUCCAACUCCUCACAGUACUGCGGUGUGCCCGCGACCCCCUCAUCUUCUCGGACCUGGCGCAGACCCUGGGGCGCCAUCGGGUCUAUGAUGUUUUGGACAAUGUAACCGAAGAGAUCAAGAACGGUCCGGAGUUUGACUAUGACCGAACUUUGCAGGACUAUCAGAAACAUGGCCAAGAUGUGCAGACACUCCGCGACAUCAGCAGUGAUGCGGCAUGGAGAUUGGACCGAUACAAGUUUAUCCACAUGCUUAAGAAGACAUGGACGAUGCGACCGGAUCAUGAUUGGCAUUCCGCUGAGGCUCUACAAGCCCAUGCUUCAAGGAGAGAGGCAGAAUACGCUUCGUUUCGGGCCUGGCGGUACAUUGGGGAGAGGUACUGGUGCCAGCCCCUGAUUACGAUGCACCAUGUCACUCCAGGUGACGUGAAUUCCAUCUGGCAAUUCGAGCAGCAGCGAGCGGAUCCUACAAAACCCCUCCUCAUCGCUGAUAUGUACGAGCACUUCAUGGGCCGGGACCUACCAUCCGAGCGGGAAGACUGGUACAACUUCUCCGAGGACCUCUUCUUCCGACCCCUAGGUAUCCAAGGGAAUCGUCAACCGCCGCCCGACGAAAUGACUCCGGUCCAAAAGGAGGCUCACCAGUCGUUUGAGCAAUGCGGGAAAGCCUGCGACGAGCAUCCUCGAUGCUUUCAAAACCUCUAUCCAAGACAGGAAGAGUGUUAUCGUCAUGCAUAUACCUGCCCAGAUAAGGAUAUUGCAAACACGCAAACAGCCUCAGUGCCAAUCGGAUGCGGCCAUCCAUCCCCAGGACGUUGGGCUCGCAGCUCGACCUGCCCCGCUUCUGGAACUUCAGGAGGUCCAGUCUCGAUCGACUGCGGAGGUUAUGGCUAUUUUACCACCCUAUCCUGUCCAGUCGACGAGUGCGGACUGCUAUCCAAGCACUGCGAUAUUGACUUGGAAAUGUCUUCAGAGAAGCAGCAACUCCCGGUGGUUGUGCUCGCAACGGCAGUCACCGCAGGAGUCGUCCUCCAACCAGUCGUCAAAAACGUCAAUGGUGAUCUAUAUCCCUUGUCGAUUCUGAGUUGCGUGAUUGCAGCCCAUUUCCUGGUUGCCUUGGGCCUGCAGCAGACAAGCGAUAUCAAUGGAGAUCUCUGGGCUGCGCAACGUCUCGCGUUUUUGGCCACUUCGUGCGCUAUCGCCUCUCUUUGGACAAACACUCUCAUCUAUCGCGUAUUUUUCCACCCACUGAGACACUUUCCUGGGCCGUUUGGAGCGAAAUUGUCGAAAUUCUGGUCUUUGCGCCAGGUGGUCAAGUCCAAGAGCAGGUGGUAUGCUAUGCUAAAGAAACGACUGUAUGCUUGUCUUAUGCACGGUCCAGGCCCCAAUGAAUUGGUGGUACGUGAUCCUGCCGCUCUUGCGCCAUUGCUCGGAGUAAGGAACAAGAAGGGCCCGUUUUAUGGAGCAACGCAGAAGUCACUGCACACCAACCAGGAUCCAGAGUUCCACAAACAACGUCGCAAGAUCUGGGAUACGGCCUUCAAGCAGGGUGAGAAAAUCAAUCAGCGUCGCAGACUUGGAGCUAACAAGAGUCGCCUCAUCGUAGCUCUCACUGACUACGGCCCUCGCAUCGAAGAGUUCACCGACGCACUACUGGCGAGACUUGAUCAAGUCACGGGCAAAGAGGUUCUUGUCAACGAGUUCUGCCUGCAUUAUGUCUACGAUGUGAUGAGCGGCGUAGGCUUCGGCAGCGCGACGCGAUUCAUCGAGGGCGAGUCUAGCGAUUUCGCCAACACGCUCCUCACGAAGAUCCAGAAGGGGAUUGCUGCAAUCGCAUUCCUGGCUCAUGUCCCAUGGAUGCUGACCGUUGCGGAGUCACUGGCCUUUGUCAUCGGCGGCCCGAUGAAGCUGUUCCAGGUGUGGUCUGUAGAGCAGGUGAAGAAGAGGAGAUUGAUAGCGAACCCGAGACCAGACAUCAUGGGUCACUUGUUGGAACAGACCCCGGAUGACGCAGAGGGCAGGGCGUUGCUCGACGCCGAUUCCCGUCUGAUAAUCGGAGCAGGGAGCGAUACUACGGGCUCGGCGCUUACCGUGCUCUUCAUGUUGCUGGCCUACUACCGUUCCUACCAGGAGAGGGUCCGCGAGGAAGUAGAGCAGUCAUAUGCCGACAAUACAUACAGCUGUGCCCGACCUCAAGUUCUACUUGAUGCCGUGAUCAAUGAAGCUUUACGUCUUGCCCCGCCGAUUCUCUUUAACCUGCAACGUUACCCUCCCAAGGGCGGCAUCACGAUUGGCGACGUCUACAUCCCCGAAGGCACGCCUGACGAGUUUAUCCCCGAACGCUGGACGUCGCGUCCUGAGCUGAUCACCAACAAAAAUGCGUUUGUUCCAUUUGCCAUGGGCCCGUACAUGUGUGCAGGGAAGAGUGUUGCCAUGAUGGAGAUGCGGUCUGUAAUCGCCAGAACGGUACAGAGAUAUGAUAUCAGCCUCCCGCAAGGGGCGAACUUUGAUAUUCAAGAGUUCCUCGCGAAUAUACAGGACCGAUUUACCGCCGGUGUUCCGGAACUGAAGCUUGUGUUUACGCUGAGGUGA